AUGACCAACAAAAGAGAUAACAAAACAGCCGGAGAUCUAAAAAUAACCCCAGCCCCCCAACCAAAAUUAGGGAAAGGACAAAAAACUAAAAAUUCGAGGGAGCCAAGAAAUCGGAAAAGACAGAAUAACACCACAUGGACCACCAACAAGAAACAAAAAAUCCGACCAAAUGUCCAAUCCAUCAGAAAGAAUACCUCAAAUCCCACAAAAAGUAAUGAACCGUAUCAACAAUCUGUAUCAAGAAAAAAAAACAAUAAAAAAAGCCCAACAGCAAGCCUGACCCUAGACAUAAUGUCUCUCAAGAACCCCGUCUCACCCAAACGUGACAUUGGAGCCAAAAACUGA